AUGAGUGAAAUUUUAAAGAUCUGCUUUAUAUUUUUGAUGUUUUAUGAAGCAAAAGGACAAGUUGUAAAAUGUGACCACAAAUAUCAAAAUUACUGGACUACUGGAUAUAAAAACAUAAAUGCUUCUUAUUAUAGAUGUGAUUUGAGUACAAAGCAAGCAAAUUAUAAUGAAAAACUGACAAGAAUUGAUGGACAACAUGGAACUGGACACAGCGAUGCUGAUGUAAAAUGGAUUAUUUCUUAUAAAAACCACAAACUGAGAUCAUUUUCAUCAAUUUUCUGUCAAAAGUUUCCAAAUCUUGAAGUCAUUCAGAUUAGUGAUGCAGAACUGGAAUCAAUUGAUGAAGAUUCGCUGUCAAAUUGCAAGAAUUUGAAUCAUUUGUACUUAGUUGGAAACAAGAUUCAAGAAAUUCCAGAAAAUCUGCUGACUCAAAACUCAAAAUUUACUAUUUUUUUGAUAUCUAACAAUCAACUGACAUCGUUGCCUGAAAAUUUGUUCCUCAAUCAAAAGGAACUUGAGGAUUUAGAUUUAGAUGAUAAUCAAAUAAAUUUCCUGCCAAGCAACAUUUUUCGUCCACUUGUAAAACUUGAAGUGCUGUAUUUGGACAACAACAAGCUUCAGUCAAUCAAUCCAGAGUGGUUUGUGAAUUUGCAGAACUUAAAGUUGUUAAGCUUGAGAGGAAAUCAAAUUUCGGAAAUUCCAUCAAAGUGUUUUGGAGCACUUAGCAAUUUGGAAAAAUUGUGGCUUUUUGAAAACAGAAUCAAAAAUCUGAAAUUUGAUAGCUUCGAUGGUCUUCAGAAUUUACAAACAUUGGGUUUAUACAGCAAUGAAAUUUCAGACCUGCCAGUUGGUGUCUUCAAUCAGUUGAACAAUUUACAAGCAUUAAAUUUAAGCAACAACAAAUUGACAACAAUUCACUCUGAUUCCUUCGAUGUUCACAGCCAGUUGACAGCUGUUGAUCUCGAAGACAACAAAAUCAACGCAAUUGACCCAAAAGUCAUCGACAACACUGCAGUUUCAGCUCUUAAAAUGACAAACAACAGUUGCUGUCAACUUGACACAGAAAAUAAAAGUAAAAUAAAAGCAAACCUGAAAAAAUGCUUUGACAAUUAUCAAGCCAGACAACUUAAAAUUGAAUCUUGCAGUAUACAAACUAAAGCACAAGGAACAAUCAUUGGAGGAAGUGAAGUCAAACGCGGCAUGUUUCCAUGGAUUGCUGCCUUAAUUGCACCAAGAAACAAAUAUUUUUGUGGUGGAACUUUGAUUUCAAAACGGAAAGUUGUCACAGCUGCUCACUGCAUGGUGUUCCUGGCACGAGACAUCACAGUCCUUCUUGGCGUUCACAGGUUGAAGAAGAAAAAUGAAGUUGGAAGAUUUCCUUAUGCAGUUCAGAGUAUUCACAUCCAUCCUGAUUGGAAUCCACACACUGAUACUUAUGAUGCUGAUAUUGCAAUUAUGGUCCUCGAAACUGAAGUCACAUACAGCAAGUAUAUCCAACCGAUUUGUCUCAUGUACGCUAACUCAACAUUGGCUACAAAAAUGGAAGGUGUUGCCGUUGGAUAUGGAAAGGACGGAGAUCCAAAAAAGCUACAUUCAAUCAUCCCAAAAUCCAUCAACUUGCCAAUUCAUCAAAAUGAAGAUUGCUUCCUCAAAAACUACGAAUUGGCUCGAUACUCAAGCAAGCGAACGUUCUGUGGUGGAGCUGGAAAUGGAACUGGUGUUUGCAUCGGCGACAGUGGAAGUGGAUUGGUCGUGACUGAUGGCAGUGCUUACUAUCUUCGUGGAGUUGUCUCUGCAUCACUUAAUAACAUGACUUAUGGAUGCGAUGUUGACACUUACUCGAUUUUUACAAAUAUUCUGCACUUUACUGACUGGAUUAAUGAGCUUCCUGUUGAACCAAUUUUCUGAAAGCUAACAUUCAAUCUGAUCAAUUCAAGUCCCUGCAUAUUUAAUUAUUUUAAGGUUUUUUAUGCUUCUUUAAAUGGUAACUGUUAUGUAGUGGCAAAGGU